AUGAACAUAUUUGGCUUAGAGCCUGUGGCAAAAUUUGGAAGUGAUGAACAGCGAGAGAGAUGGCUGCCCCCGCUGAUUGCUGGUCGUGAACGGGCGUGUUUCGGUGUUACUGAACCUAACACUGGUCUCGACACACUCAAGCUUCAAUCUACUGCGCGACGGUCAGGCGAUGAAUAUACUCUAUCUGGACAGAAAAUAUGGAUUUCAACAGCCCAGCAAGCGCAGAAGAUUUUGAUUCUUGUGCGUACGACACCACGCGACCAAGUUCAAAAACCUACACAAGGACUAUCCCUCUUCUACACCGAUUUGCAGGUACCUCAAGUGCAGAUCACUGAGAUUGCAAAAAUGGGACGAGCCGCCGUGGAUACCAAUACGCUAUUCUUUGAUAACUGGAAAGUGCCAAUCUACGACCGGAUAGGAAUGGAAGACGACGGAUUCCGAAUGAUUCUACAUGGGAUGAAUGCUGAAAGAAUUCUCAUCGGAGCUGAAGCUCUUGGACUCGGAUUUGCAGCUAUUCGACGAGCUGCACUAUAUGCCCAAGAACGUGAGGUUUUUGGUCGUCUAAUUGGCAAGAACCAAGGUAUCCAACAUCCACUUGCUGACAGCUGGAUGAAGCUGGAGGCAGCGCGCUUGAUGAUCUAUCAAGCCGCCCGGCUCUACGAUCAAGGGUAUACAGGCGGAGAGUAUGCAAAUGCUGGGAAAUAUCUAGCAGCUGAGGCUGCAUUUGAAGCUUGCGAAAGAGCAAUUCUUGCUCAUGGAGGAAUGGGAUAUGCCAAAGAGUAUCAUGUUGAACGUUAUCUUCGAGAGGUCUUCAUUCCACGUAUCGCCCCGCUUGAGAUUCUGAUGGAAAUGUACCGGAAGACCCUCUUGUCGCCUUUCUCAGGUUAUAAUGGUCUCGGAGAAACCGCGGCAUUUAAACAAGGAAGAGGGGACUUCUAA